AUGCUCAUUCAGCUAGAUGAUCCAAAUAACCCGUCACGCUUCGAUGAGCGCAGACGAAGUUAUCACACGCCAGACGAGACAGGCGGAAACUCACCGCCUGGAGAUGGAGAUGGCCCAGACUUGACAAACCCUCUGACUGCAACGCCAUCUCGAUUCUGCAUGUCUGAGUCUAAUGGACAACCCCUCCUUUUCGACGGCUUCGCCUACGACCUCGGCUGGGACGGCUCCAGAACGACGCAGAUGCUGGACAACAGACUCAUACCGAGCCACGACUAUGCCAUCUUCCUCAUCAAUGCCGUUAAGUUUCACUGCGGGCAAAUGUUCCAUCUCUUUGAGGAGGAAGAGUUCAUGUUCCACAUGCAGACGUUUUACGGCAAGUCCUCGACUGACCGGGCAGAGGAGAAUAGCCUCUGGUACAUCCACUUCCUCGUGAUUUUGGCUUUUGGUAAGAGCCUCAUCCAGAGAAAGACGCAUGGGAACAACAGACCGGCCGGGGCAGAUUUCUUCGUGCGGGCGUUGCAGCUUCUUCCUGAUGUGACGGCGCUCUGUAAGGAGCCUAUCAUGUCUACGGAGAUUCUAUGCUCGAUGGCGUGGUAUUAUCAAGCGCUGGACUUUCGACAUGCUGCGCACAACUUUAUUGGGCAAGCCAAAAGCGUGGCAAUGAACCAUGGGAUGCACACAGAUAUGCCAAUAAUGGACUUGGGUCCAGGCCUAGUCCAACGAUGUCGCAAGAUCUGGUGGACAGUCUACGUUCUCGACCGGCAGAUGACUUCUCUUAUGGGGUUGCCUCAGUCGACUCUGGACGAGGGCGUCUUUUGCCAGCUCCCAUCCUAUCCGGGUUCCGUUCACCGCACCACCGCACUGAGCAUGCAGAUCAAGUUUGCUCGAAUCAUUGCAGAGAUAAGUAGCACCGUCUACGGCGCGAAAGGCCGCCUGAACAAGAAAUUUGUUCUGAGCACAAAGGCGGUGCUGCAAAGCAUCGUCGCUGUGGCCGAUGAGCUGCGUACUUCAUUUCCCCUAUUUGCCGAUGAGCGUUUCGACGGCAUUUCGAGACUUUCUGCCCACCUGCAUCUCCUAUACUACCAGAGAUUCAACUCUCCGCUUGAGGCCGACUCAUUGAUGGCAUCGCCAAAAGUUCGGAAUCCGCUUCAGAUGUGCGCCGAGUCCGGUAUCCAGAUUCUAAACAUCCUCGACCGUCUGAGAGCGCAGGGACUCCUCGAUCUAGACUCGCUCUUCGUAUCGACAGUCGCCCUGCUCGUCGCCCGCGGGGUCGACUCGCGUCUGAUAGAGAGCCAAGUCCCCUGGCUCGAUAAAUCGCACGCCAUCAUCGAAGAAAUGGUAGCCAGCGGCAACCUCAUCGCCGAGUUCAGGAAGAACGAGAUGCAGAAACUGGAGGAGAUGCUCCUCGAGUUCGACGUCACCCGACCGAGGCUAUUAGCCGACUCGACAACCAUUGUCGCACAGCAGCAGCAACAGUCAGUGCCACUACCAGACUGGCAACAACCGACAGACGCACCAGCCUCUCUCCCACCGGCCCUUCUGCCGGCGGAGACGGGAUUGCCACUGAGUCAAGAGACAAUGCUGCCGGCGUACAGAGAGUUGAGCAAAUACAGCAGUAGUCAGGCAGAGGACUUGACGACGCAGCAAAUUAUAGACGUCGUUAAUUCAAUGGAGUGGGAAGACAAUGAGUGGAUGUCAUUCACAAUGGUCCAGGAUGAAGCAUGA